AUGAAAGUGUUGAGAUUUGUGCCGUUUUUCAUCAGCUUGUUUUUUGUCAGUGAAGGAAAACAAGUCACCAAAACCAAAACGAAUGACGAUGUAUAUCAAAAUAAUUAUUUUGGAGGUGCGGCUUCUUCCAAGCAGUUUUCUGGUGCACUGAAAACCAUCGAAGAGAAAUUAAAUGUCAUCAUGGAAAAACUGGGAGCAUCGUUAAACAAAACUGGUUCUAGUAUGAAAGGAGUGCCSAAAAACUGUGCUGAAGUUCUUAGAAGAGGUGGCAAGAAAAGUGGUGUUUACACAGUCGAUCCCGGUGACGGCAAAGGGCCAUUCAAGUAUGCUGAGUACGACUACUUUGCAGUGAGCAGUGAAAGGAACAAGUACAAACUGAGCCUUGGAACUUAUUCAGGUACUGCUGGUGACUCGCUGUCCUACCAUCGUGGUAUGGCCUUUACCACCAAAGAUCGUGACAAUGAUGCUGAUAGUGGAAACUGUGCAGUGACCUACAAUGGUGCCUGGUGGUACAAACAUUGUCACUGGUCUAACCUGAACGGCCUCUACCUUCAUGGGAAACUUAGACAUGAUGGAGUUACCUGGUAUCACUGGAAAGGCUACCACUACUCUGCUAAGAGAGCCGAGAUGAAGAUACGACCUGUAUAAAAUAUUUGUUGUCGUACCACUCUAAAUAUCACCGAAACGAUAAGAAUCAAGCUCUUUAGUAUAAAAAUAACUACACUAUUGAUUAUGAAGAAUGUAAAAGAUAAAAUUCCAUUAGCAUCACGCAUUGUUUGUCGACGAAAAUCUUGAAGAAUUCAAAAAUUAAAAUAAAUUGCUGCAGCAUGGAAAA